AUGGUAGGUCUUCUGUCGCUUCAUCUCGAAACAAGUGCGGCUGACGUCGUCACCUUCGAUUGGCGUAUUACGCACCUCUUCACCGAAUACGACGGCGUAUUUAUCGAUUCAUUUGGUAUUAAUGACAAGCCCAGUGACCAAGCCAUCAUCGAAGUAGAGCUCGGCCAAGAAGUCGAAGUCCGUGUCACUAACGAGCUGAAUGAAUCAACGUGCUUGCACUGGCACGGUAUGAAGCAAUUGGGUACCCAAGAGAUGGAUGGUGUAUCCGGGCUCACCCAGUGCCACAUCAGCCCAAAUGACACAGCUGUAUAUCGCUUUUGUCCCGACAAGGCGGGCUCGUUCUGGUGGCACGGUCAUAAAGGAUUGAUGUACGCGUUUGGCCUCCGCGGUCCGAUGAUUGUCCACGCCCCACCAAAUGCACGACAGGACUGGGAAAUUGAUAUCGAUGAUGAGUUCAUCAUUACAUUAGUGGACCUCUACCAUCGAGAGCCGUUCCCCAAACGUAUGUUUGAUAACAUCCUCAUUAACAACCGUGGGCGCUACAGCUGCGCCGCUGCAGCUCACCACAACUUCACCAAAUGCACUGACGACCAACCGCUUGCGAAUUUUCACUUUCAACCUGGAAAAAAGUAUUUGUUACGGCUUAUCAAUAUGGCCGCGCUGUCUCCGAUUGUAUUCAGUAUCGAUGGUCACGAAUUCCGGGUCGUUGCAGCUGACGGCGACUAUCUUCAGCCUUCGGAGCUCAUCAACUCGAUCCGUCUGAACACCGGCCAGCGCUACGAUAUCAUAGUUGAAACUAUAUCUGAUUCCAUGGAGAUGCCGAUUGGACCGUUCUGGAUGCGAGCCUUGGGACUGCACGGACUUCCGUGGACGAGAGGAGAUGCUUCGGUCGCUGGCAAAGGAUUCGUCUAUGAUGGUCGUGCGAUCGUUACCUAUGGAGAUGGAAAUUACAACGCUGAGCCGACGUCAACACAGGCGACAAUCCAGACAACCGUGAACGAGUUCGAAUUUGUGCCUCUGGUCCCCACUACGCUUCCUGAGGUAGCUUCAGACCGCGCUGUCCUCCAGCUCAAAAUGCAGGAUGGUAAAGGCUACUUUUCUAUCGAUGGUAGUGCUUUUCACCAUUUCGAAAUCCCGUACCCUCCUCCACUUUUUUCGAUUGCCGAUGGCCUGAAGACUGAGCAGCUGCCGAUCACCGCCAACGCACGCAAGAUCGAGCACGGCAAGCACAUCGAGGUGGUGCUAGUCAAUGCAAAGGACGAGCAGCACCCGUUCCAUUUGCACACGCACUCCCCGUGGGUCGUGGGCUGGGGCGUGGCAUCACUCGACCAAAUCUAUAAAAACGAGCUGCCUCCUCUCAAAUUGGACAGCGCAAUGCUGCGCGACGUCUACACCGUCCCGCCUUGCACCUCUGACGGCAACAAUGGCUGCAUUGAUGCCGGAUACGUCGUGCUUCGCUUUGACGCUGACAAUCCGGGCGUGUGGAUCUUCCACUGCCACAUCGACUUUCAUCUGGAGGCAGGUCUGAGUAUGAUGCUAGUGGAAGGUGAAGAGGAGCUGCAACAGAGGGGCGUCAAAUCCUUUGCCAAGAGCAUGCUCAGUGUCUGUGGUAGUAACACCAGUUUCUCUAGCAUAGCACCAAAUUCGCAGCCCACCAGUUAA